CUAUAGUCAGUAGUCACCGCUCGCCAGUCAGUCGUUCACUUUCCGUGUCGCACGACGUGUCGCGUGCGCGUUCCGCGUUUCGUCCGCAGUCGCAGUGCAAUCCGGCGAUAAUAAAUUAUAAUAUAAUAUCGAAGACAAUAUCCUGCGACAACAUCCCGCCUUUCUGGUGUCCUAUAAACCCGUACAUCAUCCGUCACCAUAUCUGUCGUUGCCUUGUUUUGUCGGUCGCGCGUGCGUUUACCGUCGUAUUACUUUCGGUUUACAAUAAUAGGAACACUUAUCCUCACGCGAAUGGCCUGGCAAGUUUCGUCGCCGCGGCGGUGGUCGACGGCAUGAAACGUUCGUUGGCCCUCGGCGGUGCGGUGCAUUGCGAAAACAUGCGUCCGCGAAAAAAAAUCGGCCGACCCGCCGCAGUGUGACGACGAUGAAGGGCACGUGAAACGCCGCCGUCGAGCACGGGGCGCUUAAGCCGCGCGACGACAUGUGGCCCGCGGCUUCGCCGACGGCGCUCGCCACUGCGACCGUGGCCGUCUUCCUGACGGUGGUCGUCGGAAAGUUUGGACGGAUAAGUUCUACCCCCGUCCAACAACCAGGGAAAUUGCCGACGCUCAACCAUUUCAUAAAGCACUAUACGCCUGCGGAAUACGACCGGGACGGCUUGUUGGAACAGCACCGGAGGAUGCGCAGGGACGCCACCGCCGCUAGUAAUCAACGACUGCAAUUGCCGUUACGGCUCACCAUCGCCACGCCACACAGGACGUUCAAAAUGUUGCUGACGCCGGACCAGAAACUAUUCGCUGACGACGUGGUGUUCGAGGGCUCGGGAGAUCGGCCAAUACCGUUUGAUCCAGGCAAAGCUUACGUCGGCACAUUGGAAGACGAGGAGACAGUGACCGUGCGUGGCAUCGUGACAUCCGACGGGCUGUUCGACGGCACCAUUAGCACGGCCGCCGAGGAAUACUUCGUGGAACCUUCGUCGCGGUAUGGCGACGGGUCAGUGCUACCGUACCACAGCGUCGUAUACCGUUUGUCGGACGUGGCUGGCCCGAAGUCGGCUGGUGGCGGUUGCAGGUCGGAGGCGCUGCGCGAACGCCGGUCGGCUGACAACGGCCACACCGACGCCGAGAGGCUGGUGAACCAGACGUACGACACAGAGGGCGUGAUACUGGUGCGGUCGCCAAACGGCACCAUCGUGAACCGGAGCAGGCAGUCGGCCACCAGCAAGACGUCCGUGCCGAAGCCCAACUGGUACGACCCGAACGACCAGCGCAAGGUACUGGUGGCCGUGGCCGGCGACGAGGCCAGCAGCAACCUGGUGGUGGAUGACAGCGGCGCUUACGAUCCGUUCGAGAACCGCAAGAAGGGGCUGGGUGGGUUCGUUGACAACCGGAAGACCACGUGCAUGCUGUACCUGCAGGCCGACCACCUGUUCUACGAGAAGUACGGCAGGGAAGAGACGUGCAUCGAAGUCAUGACUAGACACGUGCAGAGGGUGAAUGCCAUUUACAGGAACACUGACUUUAAUCAAGACGGCAAACCAGACAAUAUAAGCUUCAUGAUUAAGAGGGUGAAAGUGCACUCUAACCCAGACCCUACCUACAAGUUCCUGGGGAAUUACGGAGUAGAGAAGUUUUUAGAAAUAUUUUCGGAGGAAGAUUACGACGCCUUUUGUUUGGCUUACAUGUUCACGUACAGAGAUUUUGAAAUGGGUACUUUGGGUUUGGCGUGGACUGGGGAUUUGAAGAACGCCGGCGGUGUAUGCGAAAAAAACGGACAUUACCGGGGUAGUUUAAAAAGUUUGAAUACCGGUAUAGUGACGCUAUUGAAUUACGGAAAACACGUACCUUCCGCAGUGUCUCACGUUACUCUGGCACACGAAAUUGGCCAUAACUUUGGUUCGCCGCACGACCCCGAGAUAUGUACACCCGGCGGUGACGACGGCAACUAUAUUAUGUUCGCUCGAGCGACUUCGGGCGACAAGAAAAAUAAUAAUAGGUUUUCGCCGUGUAGCUUGUCCGCAAUAAAUCCUGUACUAAAUGUCAAAGCCAGGAGCACUAGAGGAUGUUUCACCGAACCGCAAACAUCGAUUUGUGGUAACGGCGUCGUAGAACCUGGCGAAGAGUGCGAUUGCGGAUGGGAAGAAGACUGCAAAGACGCGUGUUGUUUCCCUCAAAGGAGAUACUCUCCGCCCGAAGAACCGCCGUGUAGAUUGACGGCAAAGAGUGUCUGUAGCCCUUCACAGGGACCGUGUUGCACGAACGAUUGCAAUUUGAAAAUAGGAGAACUUUGUCGCAAUGACAACGGUUGCCGCGAUGCUAGUUACUGCAAUGGCAUGGCUCCUACCUGUCCUGCUUCUAUCAACAAGCCAAAUAAGACUGUAUGCAAUGAAGAGUUUGUGUGUUACAUGGGAGAAUGUACUGGAUCUAUAUGUCUAGCAUAUGGACUCGAAUCCUGCCAAUGUUUACCCACUCCUCAGGACUCUCCCACUAAAGCGUGCGAGUUGUGUUGUAAACUACCCGGUGAAAACCAACCUUGUUUGUCAUCAUAUUCUUGGAAUAACGUGCCAUACGACAUACCAGAUAUGUAUUCUAAGCCAGGUACUCCAUGCAACGACUACAAUGGAUAUUGUGAUGUAUUUCAAAGAUGUAGAGAGGUUGAUCCAUCUGGACCUUUAGCAACGCUUCGAAAAUUGUUGUUAUCUGAAGAAAGUAUUGCCUCAUUUAAAAAAUGGGCUAUAGAUCAUUGGUACUAUUCUGGUCUAAUAGUGGCCUCUUUUCUGUUGAUGCUGGUUCUAAGUACGCGGUUGUUUGGAAAACGAUCGGAUCCAAAAUUAAAAUCGGUGACGAUCAUCCACAGUUCGACCACAGAAACUGUCCGGUUGCCAGCUGACGGUGACAAUCAAAACGUUACCGUUCAUCCCGCUGCCGUGCGUUCGAAACUCCCAUUGAAAAAACGCGUACGUGAAAAACGCAACGUAAACAACAACAACAGUCCCGCGAAAAAGAGUCGCAAGAACGUCGCAGCGGAGGAAGAGUCGACGACGGAGACGUCUUCGCCCAAAAAAGUCGGCCCAGGAGCCCAAAAGAAAGAACGGAAGACGAGGCGAAAGAAAUCAAAAGGCGUCAUCGACUACAGUGUCGCCCAGAACAAAGUGCUCGUGGCGAACAAGAAAACUCCCGAAGACGAUCCGCUAGGCAAGGUUCGCAAUUGGCUGUUGAACUCGCAUCACAUCGAGGCUCUCGGUGGCACGCUGAGGAAAUCAAAGUCUUCACCGGCUGGUUUCGCGAACCCCCCCGAACCGCCCAGGCCGGUGGUCAAAGCUCAACCAAAAAACAAAGACAAUCAAGUUAGUUUGCAGGUAGUGUACAAGCCCCCGUUCAAGUUUAGCGUCAAGCUCAGCAAGUCCAAACCGGACCUGACGAAAGACAAGCGCCCGGACCGGACCAAGCAGCGCGCUGCCCUGUUGAUUCGGGCCAACCGUUCGCGCGGCGGCGCUGGCGCCACCGCCGGUGCUGCCAAGCAACAAGCGAAGAAGCAGCAAGUCAACAACGGCAAUAGCAGCCGGGUCGCCCCGCAAGAGCCGAAGAACGCGUCGGCCGCGGCCACCACCAGCAGACUGCAGCCACCGGAGCCCAUAUACGAGAACGCGGCCAUCGACUUGCUGCGCAUGUCGUCCACGGAACACGACGGCCACCAGCCGAUAUUCCCGGUGGCCGCGUCUCCGCCGAACAAACAGAGGAAGUCGUUCGCGGGCGUGGACGCGAAAACCGACGAGGCACCCCGGUCCAAGCGGAACAGCGUGCCACAACAGUCGCUGCAGCAGCCGAGCACGUCGGGCAACAGCAAUCUGAUGCGAUUCCCGUCCACCGAGAACAAGCAGCAGCCCAACAACAACUGUCCCGCCCCCGCCAAUAACGCGAGUAGUAAAGACGAAAAAACGUGAUAGGCGCGCGACGAGGUAAUUUUACGAUUUUUUUUUUUUUGAAAUUAUGUUAAUAUUAAUAUUACGGCAUUCUUCGUCCGCCAUCGUUACGACCGUGGUCUCUACCACGGUUAUCAACGUAGAUAACCGUGGUAUCUACGUUAAUCUCGUUAAUCGAAUUCCGAUCCGAACCGCGGAGAACCAUUAGCCUUUACCGCGGCGGCGCUCGUGAUCUCAGUCCCGAAGCACUCCCCCACCCUCCCACCCACCAUUACCCACACAUUUCCGUUUUCGUAUACAAUAUCUCUCGUUCGCGAUACUAAUAAUAUCAUCGUCCACAGGUCACCACGGUGUUCCGAUCGCCAAUCAGUCGUGGACAUGAUAAAAUUCUAUCACCGUGAACACGAAAAUCGGUCGUCGGAUAUACGCGCGUGUGUCAAUUUUUGCGACGUCGUAGCGUUUUCGUUUCGCUUUACUCGAUCCCGUCGAAUCGAAUUUUAUAUCGUUUUGACACACCGCCGACACUACUCUGUAAUAAUAAUUGAUAAUAACGAAAAUAAAGAAAAACUAACUACCCAAUAUGCGAAAUUUACAUUGCCAAGGACAAUACUUCGAACGGUCUCUUUAUCGAGCGUAUUACUUUUUGGUUUUUUUACGCGUUUUCUCAUUCCAUUUUCCAUUUAUGUACUAUAAUGUAGGCAUAACCCGAGAUUUCGAAACAUAAUAAUAUAUUAUAAAAACGCAUCCAUCACAAAUAUUAUUAUGCAACACACUGUUUGUUGUAUAUAGGUAAUAAACGAAAUUAUAGUCAUUUUUAUUGUUAAAUGAGUUUCCCUCUUCCACCUCCUCUUCCUCAUCCACCUCGACCGUUUUUAUUUCGUUUCCUCGCGAACAACAACAGUUCGUUUCGGGCUGCAGUGGGUUUGAAAAAUCUACGGACCUUUUUAUUUCUACAUAUUAUUAUUACUAUCAACUAACCCCAAUAACAACAUAACAUAAUAAUAAAACGACCCCGCGUCGUCGUGAUUGAUUCAUCUCGAGUUUAGCGCAACGUCAAUAUAAUGUCAUUUCUCCUCGGUGCAACAAUAACGUAUUAUAUAAUAAUAUAUAUUAUGAUCAAAUAAUAUUAUCCAAAUCGUCAGUAUUAUUAUUAUUAUUAUUGUAAUAAUAUUAUUAACGCCGUCGUAUAAUUUUAAGAAUAUAAAAUCGUGUAUAAUUAUUUUGUCGUACGGAUGUAUAUUAUUUAUUAUUUAUAGAAGAUCUCUUGUUUUGUUUUAAGUUUUUAUUUUUAUUUUUGUAAUUUAUUUAACUACGUGAAGGCAACAGUGCAUGUAAACACAUUCACUAUUGCCUCGUGUAAUAGGAACAAACCUCGCCUUUUUUUUAAUUUUUAUUUUUUAGUAUUCAAAAUGGAAAUCUAUAUGCAAUAUUAUAAGAGAAAAAAAUGAACUACUAUAAUACGAAGAAUAUAAUAUGUUAGAAUGUCUAUCAACUUGUAUGCUGUCAGUUAGGUUAUUCGUUCUGAUUCUGUUAUAACAUAAUAAUUAUAAUAAUAACAAUAAGGAGUCUUCCAUUUCAAUCGUUUUCCUCAUAAAACACACGUCAUAAAUGCUUAAUAUUUGAUAAUAUGAUAAUAGUAUUAUGUUUAACAUGAACAAAUUUUUACAUUGUUUAUUGUUCGCCGCUAUACCUACUUAACUGUGUGUUUUCCAUUAAAUAAGUAUUUAACUAAAUCGAUAAAAAUAACUACCAUACCUACACUAAUAACUAUUAAGCUAAUAAAAUAAAAUAUUAUAUAAUUACGAACAAAGUUAGAUUUUAUUUGUUUAUUUAAAAUGAAAUUCGCCGUGCUGAAUGUCCAUUAUUAACUACAACACGAAUGUUUAAACGAUAAAAAUAUUUGCCAAAUUAACUGUUUAAUAUUUAUUUCUAAAUAUUAGAUGGAUAAAUGUAUGUAAACGCCAUCACGAUAUUCGUAAUAAUUGAAGAAUAAUAUUACAUUUUAAUGAAUAUUGUGGAUGAACAAAUUUUAAUUUCAUCGAUAAAAUUCCGAACUUUCCUCAAAUAUUUUUUACACAAUAUUUUGGUUUAUAUUUUUGACUAACCGACACCUUGAAGUAUUUUUUAUUCAAUUCGUUCAACAAAACGUUAAAUUUACAAAACAAUGGCUGUGUUGUACUGAUAUUUUUACUUUAAUAAUAUAGUAAAUAAUGUGUGUAUAUCAAUCAGAAUGAUAAUCAUGUAUUAUAGUUUCUUGCAUUUCAAUAAAUAGCUCAACGUUAUAAUAUACUUAUUCCUACUGCAAUGUCGUUUAUACGCUAAUAUAAUAAAUUUUGUUUUAUUUCAAAAUAAUAUUUGUACAUAAAAAAUACAAAUUAUAAAUGGUAAUAUAGCGUACUACCUAUAUAUAUAAAUGUCUGUCAUUCGUAUAGAAUUGACGACUAUAUAUUAUAAUGUAAAACUGUAUAUAAUAAGAUUUAAUAAAUUCUCGGAUUUUAAAGAAUUUUUUUAGAGUAGUCAUAUAAUUUUUUUAAUAGCUAAAUUAACACGUGUUGAUAAAAUCAUUUCACUGUUUUUUUUUUAUUUACUACAUUAAAUAAAAAACUAACAUACGCUAUAACACUUUUUUAUUAGUAAUAACUUGGUAAUAAAACUUAACAUUGUUAUACAUACGAUUUUAUCAUUCCUAUAAUGACCACGCUAUUUUUUUUUUAACUUUGCUAAAUACAUUCUUCAGUGCCAAAAUUUACACUUGGUAACAUUUUUGUGUGCGUGUGAGAGUUAUUUAUGUGUUAAUUUUUUUUCUUGUUAUAAUUAAAAACCGGAAUAAGACAUAAAAUUAUUUUGGACGCAAAAACUCCAAUAUUAUUAAACAUGUGUCGUCUUAUAACAUAAUUAAAUAUAACUAUUGUAAGGAAUUGUCUUAUGUAAUCUUUAAGAUAAAUAAAGUAAUACCUACGUAUAUUUGUAUUUGUUUGCGUAUAAGCUUCGAAAUGUGUAAUACUUAUAUUGUAUUGAUUUAUCAUUAUUAUUUUUUAAUUUUACGUAAACUACUGAUUAUGCUUAAUCGUGAUAUAUUACGCGUAACCAUGUGAGUUUAGUUUUUAGAUUAUUUUUUACACUUACGAGACCGAUUGUAUUAUAUUUUAACAAUGUACCGAUUGUGCAGUAUUGUGAUUUGUUAAGUUGUUUAUUAUUAUUAUUUUUUAUUUCAUUUAAUAUUAUUUUAAGAUUUCAUACUAAACAAAAUGUGAUACCCUACUUAAAUGUAUGUCCAAGUCCAACCAUCUAAGUAUUUUGUAUGACCAUUAAAUGGAUUCUAUACUUACCUAAA